UGCUUCCAUCGAUUCCACUACAAAUUAUUAGACAACUCACCGCAUGUUACCUGAUAUCUGAAACUGGGAGGGGAAAACAAAAAAAAAUCCCCUUCCUCGUCAAGCGUGUGCCAUGGCCGCAACCAUUCAAGACCUCCACAUCCUCUUCUUCCCUUUCAUGGCCCCAGGCCACAUCAUCCCUACCGUCGACUUGGCCAAGCUCUUCGCCUCCCGCGGCGUGAAAUCCACCAUCCUCACUACCCCGGGCAACGCCCCCUCCAUCCAGCCCUCCAUCGACCAAGCCAAUGACUCCUGCUCCCUCCGCCACCCCAUCGCCCUCUCCCUCCUCCCCUUCUCCGCCGUCGAGGCCGGCCUCCCCGAUGGCUGCGAGAACCUGGUCACCAUGAACCUCACCAACCACGACAUGCGGCUUAAAUUCAUCAAGGCAUGCGAGCUCCUCCGUGACCCGUUCGCCGGAGUCCUCAGAGAGUUACUUCCCGACGCCGUUGUCUCCGACUACUUCCUUCCCUGGACCCAAGACGCCGCCGCCGCCGAACUUGCCGUGCCGCGCCUCGUGUUCCACAGCAUCAGUCUCUUCUCCCUCUGCGCCUCCCACAGUAUAAACAGCUUCAAAGUCCUUGAGUCCGUCCCGCCUGGCGGCGCGGAGUCCUUUGUCCUUCCCGGUCUGCCCCACAGGAUCGAGAUGCAGAGAUCCCAAAUCCGGGACUCCAGCAAGAUGCCCGAAAUGGCGGCGUUUUUCGACCAGUGCAAGAAUUCAGAGGAGCGGAGCUAUGGCGUGGUGGCCAAUAGCUACUACGAGCUGGAGCCGGAUUAUGCCGAACACUAUAGAAAGGUGGUGGGUAGAAGGGUGUGGAACGUCGGCCCGGUGUCCCUCUGCAACAGAAAUGAAAUCGAGAAGUCUCGGAGGGGAGAUGAGACUUCCAUCGAUUGCAACCAGUGUUUAAGCUGGUUAAACACCAAGAAGCCGGGCUCGGUGGUCUACGUUUGUUUCGGGAGCAUGUACAAAUUACCCAUAGCUCAAAUCAGAGAGAUUGCUUGGGGGCUUGAGGCUUUGGACAAACCGUUUGUUUUAGUGGUGAGAGGUGUUCGUGGAAAUGACUCGGAGUGGCUGCCAGAAGGGUUCGAGGAGGAAGUGGUGGGAAGGGGGAAGGGACUGAUCAUAAGAGGAUGGGCGCCGCAGACACUUAUAUUGAAUCACGAGGCUGUUGGGGGAUUUGUGACGCACUGUGGCUGGAAUUCUUGUAUGGAAGGUGUGAGUGCUGGGGUGCCGAUGAUCGCUUGGCCGAUGUUCGCCGAGCAGUUUUUUAACGAGAGGUUGAUAGUGGAGGUGUUGAAGGUUGGGAUUGGGGUCGGGGUGAAGGAGUAUGCUCAUUUUGGUGCAGAAAGGAGGGUGGUGGCAGGGGAGGAGAUAAGGAGGGCGGUGGGGAGGGUGAUGGAUGGGGGAGAGGAGGCGGAGGAGAUGAGGAGGAGGGCGAGGAAACUUGCGGAGAUGGCAAGGAGGGCGGUGGAGGAGGGUGGAUCGUCUUAUGUCGAGGUGGGGGAGCUUAUCCAGGAGCUGAUUGGGAGGAAGAAGACGGCUGGGACAGAAUAGAUGGGUUCUAAAGAGCAAGAGAGGGGGAAUUUGUUCAUGGAUUUGUUUAAAUCUUGGAUAGGAGACGGCAUCCUUGGAUUCUCAACAUACUGCUUGCUCAGAACUAGAACUCAAUAAAUCGAUCGAGCGGGCAGGGUAAGCGGGUGAUCUCAAUAUUGUUGAGUCUUUUCCUUUUUCGUAGUUUGCUCUGUAAAUUAUUUUGGAAGAGGAAAAAUGAGUAAUUCUUUAUGCACUAA